ACAGAGUAAAGUGACCGCUCGAAAUGCUGUUUACAAUCGCCCUAAUUGCCGCUGUAUUGGCCUUGGCCUACCAUUUCUAUAUCAAAAUCUUCUUUUAUUGGGAGCGCAAAGGAGUUCCCUGUGAGAAGCCUCUGCCGGUGAUUGGCAACAUGAAGGGAAUCGGAUCAAAGUAUCAUUUUCGGAAUAUCAAUCAGCAGAUUUACGAUCAGUUCAAGGGAAAGUCUUCGUUCGCCGGAAUGUACAUGUUCUUUAGGCGAACCGCCAUGAUCACUGAUUUGGACCUCAUCAAGCAGGUGAUGAUCAAGGACUUUAACUACUUUCAAGAUCGUGGUGCAUUCAACAAUCCCCGAGAUGACCCACUGACGGGUCACCUCUUCGCCCUGGAAGGCGACGAAUGGCGAUCGAUGAGGCACAAGCUGUCUCCUGUCUUCACCUCCGGAAAGAUGAAGCAAAUGACGGGAGUGAUCGUGGACGUGGGCCAUCGCCUGGCCAAUACCAUGGAUAAAUUAGUAAAGGUGUCAAAAGUGGACGAUGGCAAUGUGGAGAUCAAGGACCUCUGUGCCCGAUUCACCACGGAUGUCAUUGGAUCGUGUGCCUUUGGGUUGGAGUGCGAUAGUCUCCAAGAUCCCAAUGCCGAGUUUCGACAGAAAGGUCGCGAGAUAUUCACGAAACGCCGUUAUCCCCAGAGUGUUCAAGCGUUUGUCUUUACCAAUCCCAAAUUGGCUAAGCUACUCCGGAUGAAAAUACUUCCCGAUGAAAUAACCAAGUUCUUCAUGUCGGCGGUGAAAAACACCGUCGAUUAUCGUCUCAAAAACGGCAUUAAGCGAAACGACUUUAUCGAUCAGUUAAUACAGCUUCGCGCCGAGGACCAAGAAGCGGCCAAAAGCGGCAAGGGUAUCGAUCUGUCCAAGGGUUUGACCCUCGAGCAGAUGGCUGCCCAGUCCUUCGUGUUCUUCGUGGCUGGAUUCGAGACCUCAUCCAGCACCAUGUCCUUCUGCCUCUACGAGCUUGCCAUGCAGCCGGAUAUUCAGCAGCGGGUGAGGGAUGAGAUCGAAAAUGUGCUGGCUGAAGUGGAAGGAGGAGAGCUUAACUACGACUCCCUGGCCAAAAUGUCCUACUUGGAUCAGGUUGUGGCUGAAACCCUUCGCAAACACCCCCUUCUUCCCCAUCUCAUUAGAGAAUGCAAUAGAGAGUACAAGGUUCCCAACACAGAUAUAGUGCUGGACAAAGGAGUCAACGCCCUGAUUCCCGUUCACAAUAUUCACCACGACCCUGAGAUAUAUCCCGAUCCGGAAAAGUUCGAUCCCAGUCGCUUUGAUCCGGAGGAAGUAAAGGCACGCCACCCAAUGGCUUAUUUGCCCUUUGGCGAUGGACCCCGCAAUUGUAUUGGACUGCGUUUCGGAAAGGUUCAGGCAAAGGUUGGCCUUGUAUCGCUGCUUCGUCGCUUCAAGUUUACCGCAUCAAAUCGCACUGAAGUUCCUUUGAUUUUGUCAAAGAAAGCUUUUCUUUUGGGUACCGAAAAUGGAAUGUACCUAAGAGUGGAAAAAAUUUAA